UGGUUUUUUUAUUUUCCACCACCAUGUCCGAGAAAUCUCCAGGUUCUCGAUUCAACUCCAAAAUGGGGUUUUCCUUCUCCUUUAAGUGCACAAACGAUACUGAACUUUUCUACCAUUUGAAAAAUGUUCCUGAAUAAAACACAAAACCAUGGCGAUACCUUUAAUCCUUAGCAUCAUGAUGGUGUUUCAAAAUCUGCAUUACAAUAGAAGAUGGGUUCAUCAAUUGCCGUCCCGAAUUUGUUUGGUAUAGAGGUGAUGUUGAUAUUAAUAAAAUGCAAUCGAAGUCACUGAGGCGAGAAUCUGAAUUGAUCAAUGCAUCUUGCUCAUCCCUGCAGCAAAGUACACACCUCUAACACUUUAGGCAUUCCUUUCUGGUUCAGGGUUUAGGGCUGAAUCGUAGAGGCACAAAGAAGGGCAGGGAGAGGUGGUGGGUGAAAAGAAACUAGGGAAUGGGGCAAGGAAAUGAAGACGAUACCAACCAAUGUAAUCGUUCUAAGACCCUGCCUCGGACUUCAAAAUCAAGGAAUCGUUCUAAGGCCCUGCCUCUGACUUCAUCAUCAAGCAAACUAAUGAAAACGGAAGCAGAGUACAGUGAACUUCCUUGGGAUAUACUUGAUAUCAUUUCCAAAAAACUAGAUUUUGACGACCUCUUUCAAUUUGCUGGGGUGUGCAAGAACUGGAGGACAUUUCAUAAAGUUUUCUGGAGAAAUUUCAUGUCGUCCCAAGCGCCGCUGCUUGUUCUAACUUCUUCUUAUGCUAAGAAAGCUUAUUUUUUCGUUAGCAUGUCUGAACAAAAAGUUUAUCGCUCGAAGCUAGAUUACUUCUGGGGAUUGUCCUAUGCGGGGUCAUCGAGUUGUUAUUUAAUUCUGGCAGGUACUGAUAAACUUCUGCUAAUGAAUCCUUUUACAAGAACAAAGAAGGUAAUCAGUACAUUGGCUAUUCAAGAUAAUUUACUGUAUAUGUAUUGCCAGCCCUUAAUUGCUUUUGCCAAAGGUUCUGAAGAAUUUAUCAUAGUGGUUUUGUGUAAACACUCUUACAGUUUGCAUAUCUAUCAGUCUCGACAUUCUUGUUGGGUUACUUAUUCAGCAUGGGGAAAACCAUGGAUGGUUGUGGACUAUGUGGUUUUGAAUAAUACUCUGUAUGCUAUCACUGAGGAGGGCAAGAUAGGGGUAUUGAGCCUGAAUUCUGUAAGUUUGAGAUUUCUAGAACUGAAGAAUACUCCAAAGUUUACUUUCUUUUGGCUUAACUUGGUUAGUUGUGAUGGUCAGCUUUUAGUAGUUCAUCAUAUACCCAUGUCAAAAUUUGAUGUGUACAAGAUAGACUUGUGUGCCAUGGAAUGGAUCAGGUUGGAAACUUUGGGUGACCUUGCAUUGUUUUAUGGUGAUGACACAAACUGCUAUGCUUUGAGCAACCCGGGUAGGUGGGGCUAUCAAAGCGACUCUGUGUAUUACAUUUCAUCUGCAUUACGAGAAUGCAAAGUAUAUUCACUGAAUAAUAAACUGAAGGAAUGCAUUGUACCUAGUGGACUUCGACCUCCUCCUAGAUCAAGAUUCUACUGGUUGGAUUGGUAUUUUCCACAUGUACGUGAUGAGGUUGAUUAUUCUCUGGUGGAGUAACCUGAACUUGAUACCAUGCAGCAUGUUACCUUUUGUUUGGACCUUGUUCUUUAUAUUUCCCUUUUUUGUGCUAAUAGUUUUAUUAGACUGGAGAAACUUGUGAUGGUUAUCUAGUUUCCAAAACUUCGCUCAGGUUGUUAUUUGACUUUGGAUGGUUGUUUACCUUGUAAUUUCCUGGUUUAUCUUACUGUUCUCUGAAGAUUUUAGGCUCGAC